AUGCGGCAGCAACGCUGCGACUACUUCUAUAACUACUUCACUCUUGGCGUGGAUGUCCUCUUUGACGCGCGAACGCAUCGUGUCAUCACCUUUGUGCUUCACACCAAUCAGCCUGGGGAGUACGCAUUCAACAUCUACUACCGUUGCAUGUUCGAGAUCCCUCUCUCAAUCACCUCCGACGACGGCGAAGUCAAGUCGCUAGUGAUCGACCCGUUCGUAAAGAUUCAAUCCCUGCUUGAGGGCGUGAUCAAUGAGCAGCCUGUGGUGAUCCACCAGGAGACGGCUACGCGCAGGAAUCCUUUUGGCGUGACCAACGCCUACAACUAUCGUGAUCUUAUCUUCGAGGUGCUUCCGCAAAAUGGCUAUCUGGCCUCAGUGACAAUCUACUCCCUGCCCGAGGAGGCUACAUCCUAA